AUGCCUAGAGAUCCCCUCAUUGGUAUUGUUGGAAAGCCCUCUUCGGGAAAAUCCACCACCUUAAACUCUUUGACUGAUGCAGCCGCACAGGUAGGAUCGUUUCCUUUCACGACGAUCGAGCCCAACAGAGCUACUGGAUACUUGCAAGUCGAUUGUGCUUGUGCCAGAUAUGGCUUGGAAAAACGGUGUAAACCCAACUAUGGCUGGUGCAGCAACGGUAAGAGACACAUUCCAAUCAUGCUUUUAGAUGUUGCAGGUUUGGUACCCGGUGCUCAUUCUGGCAGAGGAUUGGGAAACAAGUUUUUGGACGAUUUGAGACAUGCAGACGCACUGAUACACGUUGUAGACGUCAGUGGUACUACAGACUCUGAAGGUAAAAACACCAGGGGUUACGACCCGUUGUAUGAUAUAGAAUGGCUUCAAGAUGAAAUACGACUGUGGAUUGAGGGCAAUUUGGAGAAAAGAUGGGGGUCCAUUGUUCGUAGACACACAGCUACCAAAUCCAGUGCUGUCGACACAUUACAAGCGCAAUUUGGUGGAUACGGGUCACAAGCAUCGAUGAUCCAUCGCGCUCUGCAAAGAAUCAAAGGACUGCCACCUUUGGAGCAAUGGGACAGAGAAUGGAUUACCAAAGUAGUCAAGUCCUUCAUGAUGGAAAAAUUCCCUACGGUCUUAGGCUUAAACAAGAUCGACCACCCAGACGCGGACAAAAAUGUUUCCAAAAUCAUGUUGAAAUAUCCAGACACCAAGGCAGUGCUUUGUAGCGCAAUUACUGAGGUGUUCCUGAGAAAGCUACAAAAACAAGGAUUUAUUCGUUACGAGGAAGGUACUGAGUUUGUUGACACUUGUGAGGAUGAUCCUGAAAACUUGAAGGUCUUGGACGAUAAAUUAUUGCAGCGUAUCGAAAAUAUUCGAGACUUGGUGCUGUACCGAUUUGGUUCCACCGGUGUUGUUCAGGUCUUGCAAGCUGCUGCCGACGCUUUGGAUCUGAUACCAGUAUACACCGUGAGAAACAUCAGCACGUUCACAGGUAAUCAUGGGGAAGAAGUUUUCAGGGACUGCUUCUUGAUCAAGAGAGGUACAAAUGUAGGUAAAGUGGCGCGCUACGUUAUGGGCGAAGUCACCAUUGCCGCAGUUGAGACUAUUAAUGGCGUUAGAGUAAGUGAGGACGCAGUGGUAGAAAAGGGCCAGAACGAUAUUUUGACGUUCAAGCUGGCGCCCAAGAGUGUUAAUUGA